AUGUGUGUUCAAAAUAUGGAGCCAGAAACUGUACAUAGAAACGGAAUUUUAGGACGCAGUGCAAUGGUUAAUAAUCCAAAUGAAACCAUGAGGGUUAUUAUUACUGUUCUUGUCGGCAUCAUCUUUGGCUUCUUUAUAGGAAAGUCAAUUCCAGUUCUUCCUUUAAUGAAGAUAUGGUUAAAUUUCAAUAUUUAUUCGCGGAUGCUGAUUUCUAGUCUUUGUUAUGAUCGUACUCACUUUCCAAUUUUGCAGCUAAAUAUCAAAUCGGCUCUUACUCAUGAUUUUUCGAUCGUUGGGAACAAAAGUACAGGUGGCUCAACCCAAAGUAUAGAUGCUAUUUCCUCUUUCAAGAAUAAUACAAGCAACUCAACUGAAAAUCAAAUUAUGACUGAUUCAUCAAAGAUUUGGAUCCCAUCAAAUCCUAAAGGUGCAGAGAGAUUACCUCCAGGCAUUGUUGCGUCUGAAUCAGACUUUUAUCUCCGCAGAUUGUGGGGUAAACCUAGUGAGGAUUUGACCAGCAAACCAAAAUAUCUGGUGACCUUUACCGUUGGUUAUGAUCAAAGGAACAACAUAGAUGCAGCAGUAAAAAAGUUUUCAGAGAACUUUACCAUCGUUUUGUUUCAUUAUGAUGGUCGAGCAUCCAAAUGGGAUGAGUUUGAGUGGUUGAAGCGGGCUAUUCAUGUGAGUGCAAAAAAACAGUCAAAAUGGUGGUUUGCUAAAAGGUUUCUGCAUCCUGACAUUGUUGCACCAUAUGACUUCAUAUUUAUUUGGGAUGAAGACCUUGGAGUUGAGCAUUUUGUUGCCGAAGAAUUUAUCAAACUUGUGAAAAAACAUGGAUUAGAAAUUUCACAGCCUGGUUUGGAACCCAAUCGAGGGUUGACUUGGCAGAUGACAAAGAGAAGAGGUGAUCAUGAAGUUCACAAGCAAACAGAGGAGAAACCAGGCUGGUGCUCUGAUCCACGUUUGCCUCCCUGUGCUGCAUUCGUAGAAAUCAUGGCUCCUGUCUUUUCUCGGGAGGCAUGGCGUUGUGUAUGGCAUAUGAUACAGAAUGACUUGGUCCACGGUUGGGGUCUUGACUUUGCCCUCCAAAAAUGUGUCGAGCCUGCUCAUGAGAAAAUUGGAGUUGUAGAUGCCCAAUGGAUUGUUCAUCAAAGUGUUCCUUCACUUGGGAAUCAGGGGCAAGUAGAGAAUGGCAAGGCUCCAUGGCAAGGGGUGCGCGCGAGGUGUAGACGAGAGUGGAAAAUGUUCCAGACUAGGAUGGCUGAUGCAGAAAAAUCUUAUUACAAGGCAAUGGGAAUUGAUCCUCCCAAUUUCACAGAGCGCCAUUAG